AUGUUAUGGAUUUUAACAUUAAUUCAUCUCAGUUAUGGAAUACCUUGCGCAUACACAAUUGAUGAAAAUAGAAUACCCAUUGAAACAGAUAAAGAGCCCUGGAUGAGUGAAUCAAUGAGUUAAUGUUAAUUCUAUGAGAAAAGUCCAGUUUGCUGUACUCAAGCAUAAGAUGAAGGAAUUGCCAGUGAUUUCAUCUCAUUGGAUGCCACUUUUGGCAGUGAUGGUGAUGGAUGUGACAUAUACUAAUCAAAUCAAACCAUAGUUGUGCAGCAAACAUGAAAAGAUUCUGGUGUGUUUACUCUUGUGAUCCAAGAUAGGGGGAAUUUCUUCAAAUCACUGGCAGAGCCAAUGUCACUGACCCUAGAAACCCCAACAGAACUAUUGAUGUGUAGACUGUAACCUUGCGUAUACAUCCUUAAGUGGCCUGUGUAAAUAAAAUCAUUAUGAUAAGGAUGUGUUUUCAUCUUGCCAACGAACAAACUUUGCCUCUCAAGUCAGUGCCAUGGCAACCCCAGGUGGAUUCUUUAAUUUUUAAGCCGAAUAAGGAGUGUAUGAUAUGAUGCAAUUCAUUAGAUCUUCAUCUCUUUAAUUAAUCGCUAUAGAGUUUUCUGAAUAAAACUCUUUGCUAAUGCCUGACAUCAAUAAUUGCAAUUAAACUUUCGAAAAGGCCAACGACGGAAAAUUUUACGACCCUUACAAAUUCGAGAUCAAAUAGCCUUGUGGUUGUAAUACCUGUGAAGACUCCUGUGAUGCUGAGAAAAUCCUGUAUUAAGAACCAGGUUCUAGUUUAUUUCAUAAAUAGGUGUCUUUUAUGGGUUCGAUUGGUAAUACGUAUUGUUUGCUUGGGGCUGGGCAAUCCUAUUUGCUGUAGCUUUCACUCUUUACAGAUAAUGCAUUAAAAAGAAUGUCGUCUUACAAGAAGAUGAGGAUUUUAUUUAUAAUUGA